AUGGCCUCGAGAGGCAGCGCGGUUCCCACAGCUGCUUUCCUGGCACUCGUCCUCGGGGCUUACCUUUCCACACAAGCACCUGUGAAUGAGUCGAAAUGGUCUUAUAUUGGUCCUGAUGGGGAGAAACUGUGGCCCAAGAAAUAUCCCUCGUGUGGGGGCGUCUUCCAGUCUCCCAUCAACUUCCAUAAUGACAUUCUCCAGUACGAUUCCACUCUUCUGCCAGUAGAGCUGGAGGGUUACGACAGACUGCCCUCUGAACAGCUUCUUUUGACCAAUAAUGGACAUUCAGUGAACAUGAAUCUUUCCUCAAGGAUGCGCAUCCGGAACCUCCCUUCCCAGUACUCGGCAGCACAGCUCCACUUGCACUGGGGAAACCGAAACAAGCAGGAGGGCUCGGAGCACACGGUCGGCGGGAGGCACUUUGCCGCAGAACUCCACAUCGUGCAUUACAACUCCGACAGAUACCUGGAUUUGAAAUCCGCCCUAGACAAGUCGGACGGCCUGGCAGUCUUGGCAAUCCUGAUUGAGAUCGGCCCAUUCAAUCCAUCCUAUGAAAAGAUCUUCAGCCACUUCCAGAACGUGAAGUACAAAGGUCAAGAAACUUUCAUCCCAGGCUUCAAUAUCCAAGAGUUGCUCCCAGAUAGCCUGGAUGAAUACUAUCGCUACGAAGGGUCUCUAACGACACCCCCGUGCUACCCCAGUGUUCUUUGGACGGUGUUUCGAAAACCGGUGCAGAUUUCAGAGGAGCAGUUGCUGGCCCUGGAGACGGCGCUGUACUGCACGCAGCUCAACGAUCCCGCCCCCCUUGAAAUGGUGAACAACUUCCGGAGAGUCCAAGAGUAUGAUGAAAGGCUGGUUUCUGUCUCCUUCCGGCAAGGUUUCGUCCUGUUUGUCGUGUUCGCCAGCAGCCUCGCCACUCUCCUCGUCACUGCUGUGGCCGUUUGGCUGAUUCGGAGGAGGAAGAGUGCCGAAAGAGCAGGGGAAGCCAACGGGGUCCUGUACAAGCCGGCCAUCUCCGAGGAGGAGCAAAAUAUCUCCAAGGCAUAGCCUGAGUGGACAUUUCUGGACCUGAGCAGCUCAGGAGCUCCAAACAUGGCGGUGUCUCUCUCUUGCCCUCGUCUGCCCAUUAAGUCAGGCGCCCCUUCCUGCUCGAAAGGGGCAUCUUCAGAGACUCUCACCUGAACAGCAGCUGAAAGGAAGGAGCAGGCUGGCGGGUCACUGCCUUGCCUUCACGCGUAGCCAA